AUGAAAGCCACUGGACCCCGGGAGAGGACCCAGAGGACUCCUGAAGGAGUAGUGAAGGGAGAAGCGUUGAUUGAUUUUAGUGUUGGAGCCUCAGCAAACCAUCUUAUACCAGCCUGCAAUGGAUUCAGAGAUAUAUAUGUGGUAGAAGUUAAUGAUCUCAACAUCAAUGAAUUUGAGAAAUGGCGACAAAAUAAACAAGAUGCUGUUAACUUCUCAUAUGGAGCGAAGGUUCAUCACACAUUAGAAGGAGGCAGAGAAGCAUGGCACGUGAAGGAAGACAAAACAAGACAAGCAAUUAAAGGAGUAAUAAAAUGGGAUAUUUCUAAUGACGAUCAGGUCCCUUUUGAUUUACCCCAAGUAGAUUGCAUUCUCAGUCUGUUUCUACUGGACGUUAUCAGCAAAGACAAAGACGCCUUCCAGAACAACCUGAAAAAACUUACAUCUCGACUAAAACCUGGGGGGCAUCUGAUACUGUUUACAGCCUUAAACAUGACAUUCUAUAAGGUUGAUGGGGAGAAAUUCUUUAUUCUAACACUUGAUGAACAGUUUGUAAAACAGUCUGUAAUUAAUGCUGGGCUUGUCAUCGAAAAGGUUAAUGUAUUGCCGAGCAAAAAAAACUGCGACUUGAUUGACUUUGACGCUAUACUGCACAUAAGAGCUUGCAUGAAGACUGUUUGA